AUGCUUGUGCUCUUCGCAACCCUCUUAAAAUUUUUCGGAUAUCAUGUAAUUGUUUUAAUUGUUCAUAAACAUCUUGGAAAAGUUAUAAAAAAAUAUUGGAAGAUGUCAAAUAAAAAUACAAAUAACAAGAAAAAGAAGAAAGAAUAUAUCGUUGCUCUUCUAUUAGGUGGAUGCGUAUUCGAUGAAAGUACAAAUAUUAAAAUUAAAAAUAGAAGACGACGUCAACAACAUACUAAAGAAGAAAUCCGACUAGAAUUACAAUGGUGGGAGAGAGAUUUUGAUUUAAUCAAAACAUUUUUUGAACAAAAAGAUAUUUUUGUAUGGAGAUCAAUCCCAACUAGUUUGUUUUGUUCAAAACGUGAAACAGCAGAAUUAAUACAAAAAUUUUUCCAGCUAUAUCGUAAUCAACAAUUUAAUAAAAUUACUUAUCUUAUUUAUUGGUGUGGACACGGUGAUCAAGAUACUGGUAAUUGGACAUUUUCAGAUGAUGGUGAAAUAACGCUUAGAGAAUUAAUGUACUGGUGGCAACAAUCUAGAGUUAACAAUCUGUUUGAAAAUGAGGACGAAGAAUGGAAACAGUACAAUGUGGAAAACAAGGACUUUUUAACAAUCAUUGCAGAUACAUGUUAUUCAGGGUGUUGGAUAGAAGAACUAGAAAAAUUAAAUGAGAAAAAUCUUGACAUUGCUUUACAAGCUGCUUGUCGGUCGGACGAAGAAGCAUGGAUUACCAAUGAUGAUAAAAUACCUCGUAGUCUACUAAUGCGAAAGCUUAUAUGCGAUUCAAAUCAGAUUCCAAAAGAAUAUACUUGGACAUGUUCAAGACAACAUCCAUUGUUCGCUUGUACAUACAUGAAAGGACAUAAAAUUAUAAACACAAAUGUUGGCGAAAGAUACUUCCUAGUUAAUGGACAGUUUCGAUUUUCUACAAUUGAUCAACAUUGGAUUAUUAAAUCCUAUGAAGAAGAUGAUAAAACAUCAACAGCACAAUUGAACGGAAUAACAAGAACUGGAAAUUUUCUAAAAGAUUUUUAA